AUGAACAUUACAUUCUACCAACCUCAAGUGCUAAUAUCAUUGGCUUUCCUCUUCUUAUUAUUGGGAGUCUUGCUAGUAAAACUAAUCAAACCCUUGAACAAAUUGUUGGAGUAUGGUAAAAACACAGAAGUCAUCAAUGAAAGUCCUACAUCUUCAAUUGUCAAUUUCAUAACUGGAAAUUUGGUGGUUCCAAAACAAUGGUUUACCCAUUUCUACAUUUGUUUAUUUACUUUGGCCACUGCUUCAUAUUUCAAAGCUUGUCAUGAGAAAAUUAUCGGCCAAUCAUCAUUACCUUCUGUUACAUUUAAAAACAUUUCAAUUAUCCAUAAAUUACUUUGGAUUCAAGGAGGAAGAAGAAUGGUUGAAAGUUUUGCAGUAACAAAGUUUUCUUCGGAGUCCAAAAUCAAUUUCAGUCAUUAUGUUGUGGGGAUGGCGCACUAUACAUUUCUUUCAAUGCUAUUUCAAGCUCAUUCUACAGCUUCGCAGAAAACUGAAUGUCCAAUAUCCAUCUUUUUGGAAUCGACAUCAUUCUCUGUGGUGUACGGUUGCCCAGGUAUCCCACGGAGUAUACCAAGAAUUGAAACAGUAGCUCAUAUAAGAUCAAACGAUGGGUCACCAUUUAUGAUCCGGUCAGCAGCAGUAUAUCUAAUUACGCGACAAAAAGUAUCUGUCCCUGCUAAAUUUGGUUCUAAUGAAGCGUUCAAGGAGAUCAAAUCUUUUGAGGAUCCAUUGGCAUUCAAGCCUGCAAACGACUUUUCUCAGAAAGUAUUAGGAGUGGAUUUACCCAUAUUGAUUCCUAUACCGCGAGAUAUAGCACCUUCCAAUUUUCUGUUAACGUUUGGUGCGUGUACAACUCAUUAUUUGGUAGUUAAGGUAACUCUUGGAGAGAAUAGUUUCAAGGAGUCGUCAUUCUUAGAGACCUUUCCGGUUGUCAUCAAAACUUAUGAUACAUUGCCACUUUAUCGGCAAUUUAAUGAACCAGUUGUUGAAUCUAGAAAGUCUCCUGAUAAUCAAGUGGUUGCAGAGAUAACAGUGUCAGUAACAGCAAUUGGUCCCGGUGACAAAUUGAGCUUGAAAUGUAAGCUCCUGACCAAUGCAGCCAACAACAAAGUUAAAAAGAAUAUUACGGUAAAGCAAAUAACAUGCCAGGUAAAGGAGUGUUUGGAGUGUCACGAUGGGGGUCUUCCACCACUUAAGGAAAAUAAACUACAUACGGCGACUUUAAGCCCGGGUAGGGAACUAAAUACCCAAGGAGAAGAGGAACGCUUUGAAAUACCUUUUCCCCAAACAAACGAUUACUUGCAAAUAUACCAGUUUCAGGAACCUUCAAUAAUUGAACAAGAAGUAUCAAUUGAACAUGGCACCACAAUUAUAGAGUCAACCACCAUUUCCAGCAACAAGCUCAGCGAAAAGUUACACGAAGGGUUGUCAAUCACCCACAAUCAAAGUUUGACUCUACAAGGUCAUUUUUAUUCAAUUAGAUUCGAGUUGAUACUAAAACUAAAGUUUUCCAGAGCAAAAGACUUUGAUGUACGUUUGCCAAUAAUUGUAUGUCCCUUUGAUCGAAAGUCAAGUGAGUAUUUACUAAAAUGGAUAAUGCAUGAAUGUGAAGUUGCUAAAGCUAGAUUUGGGAAACACUUUGUUGACCAAUUUUUUGCGUCAAAAAAGUAUGCAGAUAUUUGUUCAUUAAUGAACCGUUACAGAACCGCCCCGACUGUUUACCGGUUUUGCAAAGACGACUGGGAAAAACUAGGCUAUAAUGGUGCUAGUUUUAAUAAUCCAAAGUCAAUUAGCUUGACGCUGUAUAUAGAUUGA